UUUGACAGUGAAGCUUGACAGUUCUGCCCAUUCCAUAAACAAAAAUUAUCCUUUCUCAAGUUUGAGUUUGAACAUGGCGGUCGGUAAAAAUAAAGGCCUCUCGAAAGGCGGUAAAAAGGGCGUUAAAAAGAAGAUUGUCGAUCCUUUUACACGCAAAGACUGGUACGAUGUUAAGGCACCGUCGAUGUUCACCAAGAGACAGGUGGGAACCACCCUUGUCAACCGUACUCAGGGAACAAAAAUAGCCUCAGAAGGCUUGAAGGGACGUGUGUUUGAGGUGUCCCUUGCUGAUCUUCAAGCUGACACUGAUGCGGAAAGGUCUUUCCGCAAGUUCCGUCUGAUCGCCGAGGAUGUACAGGGUCGCAAUGUCCUCUGCAAUUUCCAUGGAAUGGACCUCACCACUGACAAGCUCAGAUGGAUGGUAAAGAAAUGGCAGACCCUUGUGGAGGCCAACAUUGAUGUGAAGACCACCGACGGAUACCUGCUAAGAGUCUUCUGUAUUGGCUUCACAAAUAAAGACUCUCUUAGUCAGCGCAAGACCUGUUAUGCUCAACAUACCCAGGUCCGCGCAAUCAGAAAGAAGAUGUGCGAGAUCAUCACCCGCGACGUGACCAGCUCGGAGCUGCGCGAGGUGGUCAACAAGCUCAUCCCGGACUCCAUCGCCAAGGACAUCGAGAAGGCCUGCCACAGCAUCUACCCACUCCGCGACGUUUGUAUCAGGAAGGUAAAAGUAUUGAAGAGACCGCGUUUCGAGAUCGCCAAGCUGAUGGAACUCCACGGAGAAGGCGGUGGCGGAAAGAGGGGCGAGGUCGGCGACAAGUCUGAGAGGCCCGAGGGAUACGAACCUCCCGUGCAAGAGAGUGUUUAACAUCUUAAUAUACGUUAAAAAUGUA